AUGGUGCUUAUGACCUGCAGGAACACAAUUGGAAGCUUCGUGUGCUCAUGCGCUGCCGGCUACCGCCUUAUGGACGAUGAGGUCAGCUGCGCACCCAUCUCAUCGGUGCCAGCAUCGGUGAUCUUCACGAACCGGUACUACAUUCGACGCACGUGGGUGAGCGAGAAGGAGCACGCGGGUGCGAGUGAGACGGCACCUACCGCUCUGCUGGUUCGCAACUUGACCAAUGCAGUGGCGCUGGACAUGCACUGGGCGAGCGGCUGUCUCUACUGGAGUGACGUCACACUCAUGGGUAGUGCCAUCCGCCGCUGGUGCGGUCUCAACCGACAGCCGACUGUUGAUGCGGCUGAUCCGGUCGCAGAGGCUGCCUCCGACGGGUACCAGCUGCUGCACGGCGGCACGCUGCAGAACCCUGACGGGCUGGCGGUGGACUGGGUGGGCGGCAACGUGUACUGGUGCGACAAGGGCACCGACACGCUCGAGGUAUCCCGCCUCGACGGCCGCCACCGCCGCGUGCUGCUGCGCGGGGGGCUCGCGGAGCCGCGCGGGCUCGCGCUGCAUCCGCACCACGGCACGCUGUACUGGUCGGACUGGGGCGCGGAGCCGCACAUCGGGCGCGCGGGCAUGGACGGCAGCGCGCGCCGCGUGGUGGUCCGCCGCGGGCUGCGCUGGCCCAACGCGCUCACCGUGUGCCACGCCAGCCAGGAGCUCUACUUCGGGGACGCGCACGAGGACUACGUCGCCGUCGCCGACCUCGACGGCGGCAACGUCAGGAUACUCUUCUCCAGGGACCGGAUGCCGUGGCUGCGACUGCACCACGUGUUCGCGCUGGCGGUGUGGGAGGGCCGCGUGUACUGGAGCGACUGGGAGACGCGCACCAUCGAGUCGUGCCGCCGCCGCCCCCUGCAGGGGCUGCGGGGGGGCGGCGGGGGGGACGCGGGCGCCGCGCACGACUGCCGCACGCUCACGCACACCGUGCACAAGCCCAUGGACCUGCGCGUGCUGCACCCCGCGCGGCAGCCGCCCAUACCAGAGUUGUCAGAUCAGUGUGCUGCUUUGAAUUGCACGGGCCUGUGCCUGCUGUCUCCGGCGCCGGAGACGGACGGUGAUGAAGAGGCGACGGUGCGGGCGACAGCGGCGUGCGCAUGCCCAGAACACUUCGUGCUGCAGCCGGAUGGCCGCACGUGCACGCCCAACUGCACCUCCGCGCACUUCGUGUGCGCUACCACCCUCAAAUGCAUUCCCUUCUGGUGGCGCUGUGAUACACAGGACGACUGCGGCGACGGGUCCGACGAGCCGGCGUCGUGUCCGCCGUUCCGGUGCUCGCCCGGACAGUUCCAGUGCAGCAACGGACGCUGCGCGCACCCCGCCGCCAUCUGCGACGGCGUGCACCACUGCGGCGACGGCAGCGACGAGACCGACUGCGACACGUUCACGUGCCUAUCGUCGCAAUGGAAGUGUAACGGCAACUCGACUGCAGGCGUGAGUGCGCGCUGCGUGCCGGCUAAUGCGCGGUGCGACGGCCGCGUCGACUGCCACGACGGCGGUGAUGAACUUAAUUGCCCGCCGGUUACCUGCCCCCCGCACCACUUCGCGUGCGCGAACGGCGCGUGCGUGCCGCAAGUGUGGGUGUGCGACGAGGACGCGGACUGCGGCGACGGGUCGGACGAGGGCGCGCUGUGCGCGGCGCGGACGUGCGCGCGCGGCGAGUUCCGGUGCGCGUCCGGGCGCUGCCUGCCGCGCGAGUGGCGCUGCGACGCGGAGCCGGACUGCCCGGGCCGCGAGGACGAGGCCGGGUGCGGCGCGGCCUGGCCGCCGGCCUGCGAGCCGACCUACUUCCGCUGCCCGGACGGGCGCUGCGUGCCGGGCCGCUGGCGCUGCGACUACGAGGACGACUGCGGCGACGGCGCCGACGAGCUGCACUGCGCGCCGCGGAACUGCUCCGAGACCGAGUUCCGGUGCAACAACGGCGUGUGUAUCAGCGGGUCGCUGCGGUGCUCGGGCGUGGCGGAGUGUCCCGACGGCGCGGACGAGGUCGGGUGCGGCGCCGCCUGCGGCCCGCUUGCACGACGGUGCGCGCGCGCAGACCAGUGCGUGCUCAGCGAGUGGUGGUGCGACGGCGAGACGGACUGCGGCGACGGGUCGGACGAGGAAUCGUGCGCGACGGAGCGUCCGGCAACGUCGCCGGACGCGACGUGCGGCGCACGUAUUCGCUGCGGCCGGUCCGGCUGCGCGCCGGCCGCAUGGCGCUGCGACGGCCGGCCGGACUGUCCGGACGCGGCGGACGAGCGGCCGGACGCGUGCGUCGCGCAUGCCUGUCCGCCGCCCAUGUUCCGGUGUGGAGCCGGACGCUGUUUGCCGCCCGCGCUCGUUUGCGACGGAUACGCCGACUGUCCGCAGGACGACCGCAGCGACGAGGAUCCAGAACUAUGUAUGCGACGCGCGCAGCUGGAGAAGUCGGACGCCGGACAGGACGCCGGGCUGGCUGCGUGUCCGGCGCCGGACGUGCGCUGCGCGGACGGACGCUGCCUGCCCGCACACGCCUGCACCGCCGGUAACCGUAAACUGCCAUGUCGCAUUCAGACGCUGUCAUGUAGCACUCACACAUUGUCAUGUGGCACGCACAUACUGUCAUGUGGCACUCACAUACUGUCAUGUGGCACUCACACGCUGUCAUGUGGCACUUACAUGCUGUCAUGUGAGGAGGGUCCGUGCACGUGGCGCUCGUGUUCCCAGCUAUGCCUACCCAAGCACAACAAUUUUACAUGCAAAUGUGUCCCCGGCUACAAGCAGCGGCAGCUACCGGACGGAAGCUUCGCGUGUGAGGCGCAAGGCGCGCGGCUGGUGGUAGCGAGCGGCGGCGCGCUGCUGCACUGGGAGUUACACCGACAACAACCACAUCCGCAUCCGCAGACACAUCCGCAGACACAUCCGCACCCGCAGCAGCGGGCCCGCCGCCUGGCGCCGCCCGCACUACCGCCCUCCGCGUACACGCUGGCGGAAGGCGGCGGCGAGGUGGUGAGCGCGUGCGGCGCGCAGGUGGACGGCGCGUGGCGGCUGUGGUGGGCCGCGGCCGACGGCGGCCUGCGACACGCGCGCCUCCCCCCCGCGCCCCAGCCCGGCCCCGCCCCCGCGGCACCGCCCGCGCCCGCUGACGCCGAACUUAUAAUGAGUGCGGGCACGGGCGGGUCAGCACGAGCAGUUGCGGUGGACGGUCCCACCCGCCGCCUCUACUGGACGGCCACGCUGCAGCCGCGCGGCGGCGCGGUCUACGUCGCCGCACUCGACGCCAGGCGCCGCGUCACGCUCUACACGCACGACGACGCGGAGCCGGACGACAUCGUACUGCAUCUUGACAACGGCACGGUGUACUGGUCGGACCGCGGGGGUUCCCCGGGCGUGCUGGCCAUGCGUGCGGACGGCGCGGGAGGCGCGCGGCGCCUGGUGCAGUGGCGAGUGCGGCGGCCGACCGCGCUGGCGCUGUACGCCCCCGCCGCCCGGCUGUACUUCGUGGACGCGUACUACGACACGCUGGAGUCGGUGCGGCUCGACGGCAGCGGCCGCGUGCUCGUCGCCGUGUUCGUACACGCUGCGGCGCGUGUGCCGCACUCGCCCGUAGCCGCUAACGGUACUAAUGAGAGCGCCACGACGAUGCACGUGGCGGGGUAUAACUCAUCCCGCGCGGUGGCAUGGCGCGGCCCCGCGUGCGCGCGCAUGGCCGCGUGGGAGGAGUGGGUGUGGUGCGGGUCCGCGCACGGGCUCGCCCGCCUGCCGCGACGACUGCAG